UUUCCCGAACUCGAGUCGAGUGGUUCCGAGAGCGGAGCCCGACAUAUUCUGAUCAUCUUCCAAAUGUUGGUGCUCGAGUCGUGAAGUGCAGCUCCUCAGAGGAGGCUGGAAGGGAGGGAGAGCAGGCAAGCAUUCCUGCAGUGAAUCACCUCUGAAAAGCGUCCUUACAUCAGCAUCAGCUGGACUGCAACCCUGACCGGCCGGCGGAAGAACGAGAUACGAGGGAAUCUUCCAAAAUGACGCCAGUCACAGUGAUUGCGCUCAGUUUUCUUAUCUCUGCAGCUAUCUCUGCCCCUCUAAAAGAAACGGAGCAAUCCGUAACGCUAUUCCAUGGAGAGGAUUUCCACAUCCUGCUGCCGUCACAAGACGUGGAGGUCACAUUCAAGAACCGUUCCGACCCUCGGAAGACCUCGGUGCUGAUGAGGGGCGGCAAAGUGAUCGGCACUCGGGUCAAACCCACCCUGCACCUCAACUACAUCAACAUAGAGGCUGUGGGUGAAGGGGACGAAGGGCUGUACAUCCUGAAGGAUUCCAAGGAUGCGAGUCUCAUCAAGCAAAUUUCACUAAUAGUCCGAGACUGCACCAUCGAGCAAAUUAUCAAAUAUGGCGGGAACUUCCAUAUUCCAGUGGUGAAUGUGAACGCCCCCAUCACUCUGGAGUACAAACCCAGUUCAGUGGAGGCCAACCUGACGUCCAGACCGGCGCUUGUGGUGCUGACGGCUGCUGGGGUCUCCACCGAGCCUUACCGAGGUCGCAUCAACGUCAACGAGCGAUCCAUCACCAUCAGCGCGGUUACAGGCGUCGAUGAGGGCAGCUACACCGUCAGGGACAACAAAGGGGUUAUCAAACAGAAAGUGUGCCUGAAUGUCAUAGAGCACAGAAACUUUGUGCUCCUUUCUGCUGAUGAGAGACUGAAGAUCAACCUGAUUCUAAACAGCUCCUUGGUCCAACUCCACUACACCCGAGACUCAGACUCCUCAGCCGUCCUGCUGAUGGACAAGGGAGAGUUCACAAGUGCUCAAGCAGAUCUUGGUUUCAAGGACCGGCUCUCUGUGGAGGAUUCGAUGGUCUUUCUAGAUCAGAUCAAGAGCUCAGAUGCUGGACUCUUUAAGAUCACAGACUUGCAGGGAUUCACCGUGUCCACCGUCCAUCUGGGAUUGAAAGCCUACAAAAUGGAGUCCCUCUAUGUGGCCAUCAUUGCCCUGCUGGGCCUGCUGGCUUUCCUUCUGCUGGUUUGCCUUCUGUCCUGCCUGAUCAAAGUGAAGAAGAGGGCCAAGAGGGCCGCUGCACUGGAGAAACUGGCUCAGAACGCUGGCAAAGAAGACGAGGGCGAGGCCUUUAGACAGGUGGUCAAGAACAUCACUAAACUGAGCGAGGAGUCCAAGCAUUCCCAAGCGGACAAUACAGAGAAAUCUCAAAGCACUGAGGUAGAUAUCAAGGGUCUGGAGGUUUCUUCUAAAGAGGUUGGCGUUGGUAAUCUGGAGACCAGUGACUCCGGCGUUGGCUUCAACACUGCUCUCCCACUCGAUACUGACACUGAUGUCCCUGAUCAAAUCCCCGAUUCUGAGGCUGUAAGCAUCUCUGUUGCUCCUGAAAUCAAACCAAGCCCUCCUUCCGCUGCUGAGUCUAAGCCAGCUGCUCCACUGGUACCAGAACCUAAAGCAAGCCCUGUUACUGAAACGAAAAAAGCCCCGGACCCACCCGUUGAAGCAAAGCUGGACAUACCCAAACCAGUAGAUGCUAAACUUAGCCCAACCCCGAGUAUGAAAUCUGGUUUGAGUCCAGCUGAAACAAAACCUGCACCCAGUCCAAGUCCAGAACCCAAGACUGGACUGAGUCCAGCUGAUCCAAAACCUGCUGCUAGUCCAAGUCCAGAACCUAAGACUAGUCUAAGUCCUGCUGAUCCAAAGCCUGCACCCACUCCAAGUCCAGAAUCGAAGAUUUCCCCACCUGCAGCCACCACUCCAGCACCCGACACUAAGAGUCCAGUGGCUUCAACUCCUGAGCCCACAAAACCGAGCCCAGCAGAACCCAUCACUAAUGGCACACCAGAUCCAGGACCCGAUUCCAAAGCAAGCCCUGAUCACGCAGAAAUCAUCACAGACCCAACUCCAAAGGAGGUUUCCACUAAACCCCACGAAGUGGAGCUGAAGUCCAGCAGCGUCGUUCCAGGGGGCAGCAAAGAUGGUGCUGCAGCCAAGGAUCCGACUACGACCUGAAGGCCACGGCUCCGAAAACACGAGGAGCCCCCACAGAUCCCCGUCUACCACCAGACAAUCAAACACCCCCUACCAAAAUGGUGAGGAAACCACAGCAAGCUGGGGCGAUGGCGAUACUAAACCCACAGUGAUACUCUAACCUUUGAGACUUUCUGACUGACACACAAUUUAAAUAACAAAAGUGGCUUUUAAUCUUUAAUUGUUUCAGUUUUGCCGCCUCGUUUUCUAUUGAUUUUACUGGAAAAACUGCCAAGCUGCAAAUUAAAUCAUUUGCAGAGUUUACAACUAAAAUAUUAACUCCACAUGAAGUGUUUUAUAGGAUAUCCAAAAAAAAGGGGUUGCGGCAUUCUACCAUAUCAGUGGAGCAGAAAUUUCGUAUUAACCUUGAACUAACCACUGGUUCCCAUUGAGACGACUGGUCCUCUAACAGCAUGUGGAUAAAACUCACAAAACGAAACUUUUUCAGCCUAAGCAUGAAUGGAUUAAAUGUUGAUGUUAUUGAUACUGAAGUUUCCAUAAUAACAAGAUUUUCAUAAAUGUAACCGAAUAGAAAAAAUUUGCACAAGUAGUAUUUAUUGUCUUAACCACUAAUAGGACUUUAUGCACAGAUUCAGAAAACAUCUUAGAUGGUUCAGAUGUGUUUUAGCAGAAAAUCCCUGAAGUCCUGGUGAUCUAGUUUUGGUCAAACCUUUAUGUGGUUUUAUAAAUGACUUUGUUUAAAUCCCAGCUGUAUUACAGAUCACUGUCCAAACUUCAUUCACGUCCUAUUACCUUCCUUUUUCUGCUUCAUAUUGGUUUUCCAAGGAGGAAAUUCUGAAACAAAUCCCAAACAGGUGGAACGCUAUUCCUCUAGUAACAUGUUUAUUUGUUUUUCCUUGCUAAUUUUCCUUUUUUAUAUCUGUUUUCUUUUACUUUAAAGCAAUUUAGUACAUUCGACUAAAACUUGAAACUCUGAAUUUAUGAGAAGCCGAAUACAAAACAAUAAGAGAAAUGGUAUCUACACUUUUAACCAGAGGGAUCUGGAUAGUUUUGUCAUUACGAUUAAAAUGAAUAAAUACAAUUGUUUCAAAAUAAAUAUUUACAAUCAGCCACUAACCAUAGAUUAUGUUACGUUAUAGGUUUAUAAAUAGUAGUUGGCGUCACAACAAGCAAAAAAUCCCAGUGAAUUCCUCUUACAGGACAAAUUGGACCCAGCACAUGUUGAUAUGUUUUGGUGGCAGUGGCAAAAAGCAAAAAUCUCUCUCUGUUAUCAGAAUAGUUCAGAUUUUUUUAAUGAGGUUCUGGUGAAAAAUUGAAGGAGUUAACAUUUACCUUCAGUGUCUCUUGGUGUCUUUAUUUUACAUAAAUACAGGUUAUAUUAGAUUGACAGCAAGUCCGAGAGGGGCCAAGAUUAAACUGUACUUCUAUAACAGAAUAACUGCAGGAACCUUUAAACCAGUUUCAUUUGCAUUAAAUAAACAGAAGCUAAUAAUUAUUGUUCUGGAAAAUGGAGAUCUGUUGAACCACCACAAACCUUCAAAUGUGAAACGAACUGAGAGCCACCUCCAAAGGGUUUAAGGUCAGAGUAACUCACAUAUAAAUAAAGUGUUGCAUAGUGCAAAAAAUACUACGGCGGUUUAUAUUAGUGCUAUUUUGUUGAUUUUUACUCUUUCUUACUUUUAUAACAGAGAGUUUCUCUGAAAAGAAUCGCUUUACAAGUUUCAUUCUGAGGCCAUGUUUCACGGAGGAAGAUUAUUGGUGGUGCACGGCCUCCAAACUUUACCAUGUAUAUAAACAUUAUAUUUUUAUUAAUAACCACUUAAAAUGUGACAAUGGUUUAAAGAUUUCUACAUAAGUAUUCACAUUAGCCAGUAUUUUUUUUAAAGGAGUAGAAGUUCAUUUUGGUCUUGGCAUCAACUAAUCUGAAUUUAUAGUAAAUGAGUUAUCUACUGGAGGUUUAAUGUUAAUUAGCUGUAAUCUUUAACUUGACUUCAAAAAUUCUGAGCUGUCUCUUUAAGGUGAGUACAGUGUGAGGUUUUAAUUGGUGCGUUCACACUGUCUCUUUUAACCUGGUUUGAGUGUGUCCGGCGGUAUACAAAAAUGCAACCAAAACAAUUUCAUUGUAAGUUUUCCCUAGUAACAAAACAGGUGCAUAAAUACAUAUUUAUGUAAGGAAAUAAAUUUUUCUACCUCAUGUUUCCCUGGUACAAGUUUUAUAUCCUGGAAUUAACUAAAAACUUUGGAAAUACAGAAGCAGCAAAAAAUUAUUCAAAGUAAAUCAUUCAGCUGCACUUCCUUCGUAGUUUUUCCUGAUUCAAUUCUUAGAAGUAAAUGAUGAUGAUUUCUUAAAAAGCCAUAAAAGAAGAUGUCAGAUUUGAUACGAAAACAACACAAAUUGAAAUUAUAUGCGUAUACAAAUGUGCCUCAGAGUCGUAUAAACCAACAACAUCUGCAGUCAGAAUGAAAAUUUGUAAUGUAAAUCACUGUAAGGGACUGCCUGGAUCUGUGUGGGAACCACCGUCACAUUUGGCAAUACUGACAAUAACCUUUAUAUAAACACACACACAC